CAGUGUUGCAAAUUUAUUUCUGUUUUGAUUUAUUUAUAAAUUUUAACUACGUCAGUUAGGAAUGAUGUUUCCUAAGUUUUUGUGGCCAUAUAUAGCUCUGGUUUUUCUGGUCUUAAUGACACACCAUUUGGCAUUUGCCAAUCACAUUGCCAUUAUUGGUAAUUACCUGCCAACGGAUACUCUUCUCCUUAGCCAGGAUGUCUUUGUCAAAGGGAGAAAGAAGGGAAGAAUAGCACACAAGUUUUAUUAUACACAAAAGACCGACCCGAAAGUGAUCAGCGCCAUUAUACUAAAGAACUGCCAUAAGUCUCCGUUUGGAUCCGACGGAGUUCUCCUUGAAGGUGGGCCAAACAAUAUCUACACUGCCAUUCGAUUGUCGGCAAGAAAAAACUUCAAUAUCGACUACAACAUUAAAAUUUAUAGCAAUAAUAGAGAUCUUGAAAAACAUGGAAGAUAAAAAGAAGAUAUAAAAUAAAUUUAAAAUAAAACUCUA